GGCGCGGGGAGGAGCGAGGCCGGGAGCACGCCGGGAUGAGCUGGGCGCUGGGCCGCUGGCGGGCGUGGCGUCUCCUGCGCCUGCCUGGUCCCGCGAGGUGGCUGGCACAGCGGCGGGGUGCUGAGGACGCGGCGGACGCGGAUCCGGAGGGCGAGGGGGCCACCCCAUUUUCCGUCAGCAAGGCCAGUCCGCAGGUGUGGAGAGUCAGCCAGUCUAUGGGGAGCGACCACGGGAAGUCGUGGACGAAGGUGCUACCUCUGAGUCUGCUGUCCACGGGGUUGUUACUCUGGUGUGUGUUCAGGGAAGAAACGGAGGUUGAUAAUCGACUGGAAGCAAUAUUCUCCGGUGAGAUCGUGGACUCUUUAGAUGCGGCUCAGACAAGCAAUGUUCCCUUGCAACCGCUGGAGAAAUGAGGGCGGGAGUGCGGCUGCAGUGAAGGAGCUGCCUGAAGUUUGCUGGCAUUCACCUGGUUAAAAGCUGCACUGACACUUUCAUGGAAAACCUUUUUUUUUUUUCCAGCCUUAUCGGCAGCCUUACCUUGCAGGCUUCUUUCCUAAGACUACAGUGCGGCUUUCUGUGCUUCUCUUAGAUGAGUAGUUUAGACUGAUAGCACAGGGAGUAGUUUAUUCCUGCAUUGCACAGUAGGGAUGAAGAGGAUGUAUUGCAAAUCAACUUGAAGAUAUAUUUUAUACAAUACAUCCUUUCCUGGGUUAUUUUUCUUAGAUGCACAGUGUUAUUAAAGUAUCAGAGCUCUGAAUCUAUAAAACAGCUGUUGAAGCUGACCUUCAUUUGACAUUUUGCUAGUCAAGAGUAAGUUCACCUUACAUUGCAGAUGACUGUAACAGUAUGAUUUAUUAAAAUGUGAUUCUUUCUUUUAUUUUU